UUUGGUGAAUGCUACUAGGUCUGGCACUCACUCUUCAGGGCAGUGGACUCCCCUCUGGCCCAGGUGGGUCCAGAAAUGCUGUCCAAGAGCCUACUUGGUGCUCUAAUCCCUGUGGCUAAGCUGGCACCUAAGCUGCAAGAUGAAGUCCCCUAUACUUUUCCCUCUGCUUUUCUCAAGCAGAAGGAGUUUCUGCCUGUAGGCACCACAGCUGGGAUUGUGCUGAGUCUCACCUGAAGCCAGUAGAGUCUCACCCAAGACCCACGGCAUAUUACCUGGAUAUUGCUGCUGAUUAUUGAGGGGCCAAGGAGAUGCAAGACAGAAGUCCUCUUUACUCUUCCCUCUUCUCUCCUUAAGUAGAAGGAAGGGAUCUUUUUGGAGCUGAGAGCUGCACUGCCGGGGGUUGGGGGAGGGGUGAUGCAAGCACUCUCUUAGUUGCCCCAGCUGGUAUCUCAGUUGGUCAUGUGCUCUCCAAGUCUACUGGCUCUGAGCACUGCUCAGCACUAGGAUAUGCCUAGGAGUUGCAGUCCUUGUGGCCUAGAAUGCCUUUCAAGUUUAUUUAGAGCUCCAUAGCACUUCAUUGGGCUGGUCCAAAUUCAGCCUCCAUGGGCAGGCAUAAGCUGGAUUCAGCCUGGUUUUGCUUUUCACUGUAACAGGGCAGCACUGAGUUCAAUGCAAAGUCUCACAAUCGCUGUGCUCUCCCUCCCCCAAGCACAUAGAUUUCUCUGCACCAAGUGGUCAUUGCUGGAGAAGGGGGAUGGUGGGAGGAGGCUUCUAUUACACCAUCUUACUCUGCCCUCCCAUUUCCCUUUCUGUUCAGUUUCUGUCUGAGGCUAGCCAAUCCCAUGUGAUCUAGGGGAGAUGGCUGGGAGGAUGGAAAGAAAGGGGAAGUAAAAUAAAACAAAAAAUUAAGAACUACCCAGAAGCAUACAGAAAGUUAGUUGCUUCUAGACAAUUUGACAUUGCAAAGUUUUCCCAGGCUAAGUCUUCACCUUUUAGGGAGUUUGCUGAGCAAACUAGGUUUCUGUAUACAGAGUCUUCAGGACUAAUUUUGGUGGAAAGAGAUAGCAGGUGGUGUUAAUUCACUGCGUUGGUGGGAACUCUGGCUACAUUGAAAAGUUUGAGAAAGCUAUCCUGUAAAUCUACUAGAAUCAGGUGCUUUUAUUUCUGAAGUUCUUUGUUUCAGCUGUGAGUUUGAUAUGGAGGCAAACCGGUGCUCCCUGCUGGUGGAACCAUCUUAUCCAGACCUGGUCAUCAAUGUAGGAGAAGUGACUCUUGGAGAAGAAAACAGAAAAAAGCUGCAGAAAAUUCAGAGAGACCAAGAGAAGGAGAGAGUUCUCCGGGCUGCGUGUGCUUUAUUAAACUCAGGAGGAGGAGUGAUUCGGAUGGCCAAGAAGGAUGAGCAUCCCGUGGAGAUGGGGCUGGAUUUAGAAAAGUCUUUGAGAGACCUUAUUCAGUCCUCAGAUUUGCAGGCUUUUUUUGAGACCAAGCAACAAGGAAGGUGUUUUUACAUUUUUGUUAAAUCUUGGAGCAGUGACCCUUUCCCUGAAGAUGGCUCUGUCAAGCCCCGCCUUUGCAGCCUCACUUCUUCAUUAUACUGUAGAUCUGAAACCUCUGUGCUUCCCAUGGAUUCAAGAGAAGCAUUCUGUUUCCUGAAGAUCAAGAAAAAGAAUGCAAAAAUCUUGGAAGAAGGACCUUGUCACAAAGUUCAGAAGGUUAUACACCAAGAGUUCCCUAACACAGAUCCUGCUGAUCGAGUUUUCCAAAAAGACUAUCUUGAAUAUGGUGAAAUCCUGCCUUUUCCUGAGUCUCAAUUAGUAGAGUUUAAACAGUUCUCUACAAAACACAUCCAAGAAUAUGUAAAAAGCAUAAUUCCAGAAUACAUCCCGGCAUUUGCAAACACCAGGGGAGGAUAUCUUUUUAUUGGAGUGGAUGAUAAGAGUAGGAAAGUCCUGGGAUGUGCAAAAGAAAAUGUUGACCCUGACUCUUUGAGAUGGAAAAUAGAAACGGCAAUAUGCAAAUUACCUUGUGUUCAUUUUUGCCAACUCCAAUGCCACAUAACCUUCACACUCAAAAUCGUGGAUGUGUUAGCUAGGGGAGAGCUAUAUGGCUAUGCUUGUAUGAUCAGAGUAAAGCCAUUCUGCUGUGCUGUGUUCUCAGAAGCUCCCAAGUCAUGGAUAGUGAAGGACAAGCAGGUCUGCAGCCUGACAACCGAGAAAUGGGUAGGGAUGAUGACAGACACAGAUCCAGAUCUUGUACAGUUGUCCAAAGAUUUUGAAUCUCAGCUGAGUCUAUCUGGUGGGCCUCCCCUUAGCAGACCAGUGUACUCCAAGAAAGGCCUGGAACAUAAAAAGGAACUCCAGCAACGCUUAUUUUCAGUCCCACUGGGACAUUUGCAAUAUACUCCAGAGUCCCUCUGGAAGGACCUGACCUCACAGCAUGAAGGACUAGAGGAGUUAAUAAAUGAGCAAAUGCAACCUUUCUUUCCGGGAAUUUUGAUCUUCUCUAGAAGCUGGGCUGUGGACCUGAACUUGCAGGAGAAGCCGGGAGUCAUCUGUGAUGCUCUGCUGAUAGCACAGAACAGCACUCCCAUUCUCUACACCAUUCUCAGGCAGCAGGAUACAGAGGGCCAGGACUACUGCACUCACACCGCCUUUACUUUGAAGCAGAACCUGGUGAACAUGGGGGGCUACACCGGGAAGGUGUGUGUCAGGGCCAAGGUCCUCUACCUGAGUCCCGAGAGCAGCACAGAGGCCUUGGAGGCUGCAGUGUCUCCGAUGCAUUAUCCCCCGUCCUAUCGCCUUGCGGGCACCCAGCACAUGGAAGCCCUGCUGCAGUCCCUUGUGAUUGUCUUGCUCGGCUUCAGGUCUCUCUUGAGUGACCAGCUUGGCUGUGAGGUUUUAAAUCUGCUCACAGCCCAGCAGUACGAGAUAUUCUCCAAAAACCUCCGCAAGAACAGGGAAUUGUUUGUCCACGGUUUACCUGGCUCAGGGAAGACCAUCAUGGCCAUGAAGAUCAUGGAGAAGAUCAGGAAUGUGUUUCACUGUGAGGAACAGAGAAUUCUUUACGUUUGUGAGAACCAGCCUCUGAGGAACUUCAUCAGUAAUAGAAAGAUCUGCAAAGCAGUGACUCGGAAAACAUUCCUGAAAAAUAACUUUGAACACAUUCAACACAUCAUCAUUGACGAAGCUCAGAAUUUCCGCACUGAAGAUGGGGACUGGUAUGGGAAGGCAAAAACCAUCACUCGGAGAGUAGAGAAUGGCCCAGGAAUUCUCUGGAUCUUUCUGGACUACUUUCAGACCAGCCACUUGGAUCACAGUGGCCUUCCCCUUCUCUCAGAACAGUAUCCAAGAGAAGAGCUCACCAGAAUAGUUCGCAAUGCAGAUCCAAUAGCCAAGUACUUACAAAAAGAAAUGCAAGUAAUUAGAAAGAAUCCUUCACUUAACAUCCCUCCUGGGUCCCUUGAGGUACUUCUUAAAGCCGAAUGGUCCCAGGGUGUUCAGGGAAACUUAAAAAUUAAGGAACGCUUUACUGUAGAGCAAAUAGUGACCUAUGUGGCAAACAAAUGCAAGCGCUUCUUUGAAAGGGGCUAUUCUCCUAAGGAUGUUGCUGUGCUUGUCAGCACUGCAAAAGAAGUGGAGUGCUAUAAGUACGAACUUUUGAAAGCACUGAGGAAGAAACGGGCUGUGCAGCUCAGUGAUGCAUGUAACAUAUUGAGUGAUCACAUCAUGUUGGACAGCGUCCGGCGAUUCUCAGGCCUGGAAAGGAACAUAGUGUUUGGGAUUUAUCCAAGGACAGCUGAAUCAUCUAUCAUACACAAUAUUCUGGUCUGUCUGGCUUCCAGGGCAAAACAACACCUAUAUAUUUUUCUGUGUGGAGACUGUUAAGAAGAACUCCAAACCAAAAUGAGACGAGGCAAUUGCCAUGUAAUGUCUUUGGUUGACAGUCCGCUAAUGGCCGGAACGCUUUCUUUUUAGUUAACAAGUCAGCUAGAGACUUGGGUCAAGCUGACAUAUAGAGUUUGGAACUCCCUUAUCUCAAACACUUCUUUCAGAGCUUCCUUCUUCAACUAUUUCCAGCAGCUAUGGUGUACCCCCUUUGUGUCCCCUGACUCUUCCAGCUGGAAAAACAGUGGUUUUCUUUUUUCUUUUUUUUUUCUUAUUGCAUUUUAGGUUUUGGGGUACAUGUGAAGAACAUGCAAGAUUGUUGCAUAGGUA